AUGGCGCGUGAUCCGAAGUAUGACUGCUUGUUCGAGCCGAUUCAGAUCGGCCCGAAGACCAUGAAAAAUCGCUUCUAUCAGGUUCCCCACUGCAACGGCGCAGGUUCCGAACGGCCGGGCGCCCAGGCUGCCUUCCGCGGCAUGAAGGCCGAGGGCGGCUGGGGCGGCAUCUGCACCGAGUACGCCUCGAUCCAUCCGGAAUCCGACGACGUGCAUCGCGUCUCGGCCCGCAUCUGGGACUGA